AUGAGUCGGCUCCCUCCCAUCGAGAAGUUCUCGCUCGCAGUCCGCAAGAACAUCCGUGACGAGUGGGAGAAAAAAAAGUCUGACUAUGAGCAGAGACUCUCCGAAGUGCUCGGCGAGCCAUGGAAGAUCGACAUUGACCUCCGCCAAGUCUGCGCAUAUGCCCAAGACGGAUAUGCCGCUGAAUCACCUGGCUCGAUGACUUCUGCGUACAUUGACGGCGUGUUGUACCAGCUAAACCGCUUCAUCGAAAAACAUGGAGCAGCGGGCAAGUCAGAGCUCAACACCAUCGCCUCGGCCCGGACCAUCACCAUGGACCUAGACCAAGACAAGAAAUUCACCUAUUGCGGCUGCACAAUCUCUCCCGACGGACAGCUGGUCAUUCUCUUCAGAGAGGGCUAUCUGGGCGUCAACAUCGACUACGCAUGCUCCCUCGAGAAUCUCGAAGCCGCUCUCAACGAAGCUCCGAAAUCCGCUUCGACUGGCGGCCUGCCCAUGAGCUUUGCCGCCCGCGCAGCCGUCAAAUCUGACUGGGACAGCGAGGUGCAAGCCAUCGAGGCAAAACUGAAGGACAUCCUGAAGAAGGACAUUGCCGUGGUGCCGCAGUUUGAGCAAGUCUUUGACAAGCUGAGCGCCGCAAAGGACGCACCGGAAAGCUGGCAGCAGAACCUGGGUCUCUUUCUCAAAUUGUAUUUCGAGGGCCUUGUGCACUACCUCGAGCACCAGAAGUUUGGCGAGGACGACAUGCUGUACGAGGCUUUCAACGAGACGAUUGACAAGGCGACUGUCGCCUUUCGCAUCGUUGACAAGGGCCAACUGAAGCACUCCACCUAUAACGAGUGUGUCAUAGAGGACGGCACCCUGAUUCUCCAGACGAUCCCCGAGUAUUUCGGCACCAACGUCGACCAAGUCGCCAGCAACCUGAUGGAUUUGCUGUAA